CGACUACGAUCGCUUCCGGUCAUGACGGUCUUUUUUUCAUUUUAUCCAAGACGGUCUUUUGUCUAUGCAUCUUUUGUCAAAUGGCAUUUUGUUUCACGUUUAUCUGGGCUGCAGACACUUAAGCGCAGUGAAAUUUUACAGGAAGAACGUUGGAAAUAAUUCCAGUAAAUGUUUUCAGAUUUAUUUUUAAAACGUUAUUUUUAAUAAAGAUGUCUUCCCUAUUCAAAUCAUUCCCUCAAAAUAUAUUUUAAACGUUUCUUUGUUCUUUAUUUUGUAUUUUCCCAAAUAUUUAAUUUAUUCCUCUAUAUUUUCUUAUCAACCUUUUUCUAAACGCAUAAAUCAAACUUGUACAUAUUUAACCUUUCUUUACUUUCCGCCCUCUUCAUUUAUAGAUUUCUGUAUUUCUAAUUUCUUUUUGUAAGUAAAUAGUUUAAUUUUUUAUUUAAAAAAUUUUUUUAAAUUUUAUUAUUGGUACUUAUUCCCAGCUUUUUACUUGAGUUUUUCAGUCAUUUCUUGCAUAAUUUAAAAAAUUUCCCUGUAGCCUAAUUCAUUCCUUCAAUAAUUUCACUUUUUAUUUGUAAUCGUCUUUAAAAAUAAAAAAUAAACAUCGAUUUAUUUAGCCAUUUACUUUUGACAAGGGCAAGCGUGUGAGACAGGCAAUUAAAAACAAAAAACUCCGAAUGGUCUCCCUAUAGAAUUUUAAAUUUUUCAACGGAGGUUUUUGCGGGUUUGUAUCUCUGUGAGUUUCGUCUUCUAGAAGUAAUUCUUAUAUGUUUAAUUAUGGGAAUACAGAUUACCUUUACUUUUUAAAUUUAUUUUAGAUGUAUUAGCGUAGUAUUAGAUUAGUUUUUUUUCUUUCAAAUUGGCACUUCACUAAUGACAAAAUCUUGUGUAAAAGAUUACUAUGAAAUUAUAAAUGUUUCUAUGACAGCAUGUAGUGAUGAAAUUAAAAAAGCAUAUAGAAAACAGGCUUUAAAAUUACACCCAGAUAAAAAUCAAGAUGACUGUUCUGGGGACAAAUUCAAGGCUCUGCAAGAAGCAUAUGAAGUUUUAUCUGAUCCUGCAAAAAGAAGAACUUAUGAUGCAAAACUUGGAAAUACUACACAUUUGUCAGAUAUUUUUAAUUCCUUCUCGUUUGCAAGUAGUCCAAGAACAACUAAUCGUCACUUUAAUGGUCACACUUUUACAAAUAGUAGAGGUGCUCAUACAGCUACUAGAGAUGUCAGAGGUCGCGGUAGAACUGGAAACUUUCGACAAUCUCCAACAUUUUCAAGACCAGCUUAUCAACCGCCUCCUUGCUUUUCAACACCGCCAUCAAUGCAGCGUGCUCCUCCACCGCCGCCUCCACCACCCCCGCCACCACCACCACCUCCCAAACAAGACGAACCAAUAUUAUAUGAUGUUAAAGUUAGUUUAGAAGAAAUUUGUAAUGGAUCGACAAGAAAAAUUCGUAUUGAAAGAGAAGUGCUUGUUGCUGAUGGAAUUUUAGUAAAAGAAGAAGAACAUUUGUCUGUAGAAAUUAAACCAGGAUGGAAAGAGGGUACCAAAAUAACAUAUCCAAAAAAGGGAGAUGUUUAUCCUGGACGUAUACCCGCAGAUAUUGUCUUUUUAAUUAAAGAAGAAAAACAUUCGUUGUUUCAACGGGAUGGAUCUACUCUUAGAUGCAAUAUGGACAUUCCUCUUUGUGAUGCUUUGGCUGGGAAAGUGCUAGUCCCAAAUUUGGGUGGACCUGAUUUUGACAUUAAUUUUGAAAAGCCAAUACAGCCUGGGACAAUUCAUAGUAUUUUGGGUGGUGGAUUGCCUGAUCGAAAAGAUGAUUGUAAACGUGGACAAUUAGUUGUGACUUUUAAUGUGCGCCUUCCUGAACGAAUAACUCCACAUGUAUUGAGGUUAGCUGAGGCUACGAGAGAACCUCGACGAGAGGAUGUUGCUCGAUGGAAAAGAACAGGAAUAGAAAGCAUGGAUUGGAGGCAAAAAGAUGAUUCAGCAAAAGGAGACUUCAAAGUGUAUUAA